UUGAAAUGCUCGUACCGCUAUUUCCAUGCGUCGAUUGUUUCCAUAACCGAUGCGACUUUGCUCACGACUGGACGUUGCGCAUAUAACAUGCAUAUUGUAAUAAAUCAUUUAGCAACAUUGUAUUCGUAAUAAAUUAACAUCUCUAUAAAUAAAUAUAGGUACGUGGUUCUGCGUAGUGAAGUUUAAAAACUAGGAUUAAAAACGUAAAGUUCUAGUGAAUUUAAUUUACCAAAACUCUCGUGUCAUACAAAACGUACCUACGCUUGUUUGUACAAUGCAGUGAAACAGUGAAGAGACCUGUGUUUUGGUGUGUGAGGAUGAAGUGGGUGGCGCUGGUGUCGCUGAUCGCAGCGAGUCUGAUCCACGAGCCGGCGCCUGUAGUACAGGUGUCCAGCGGCCUGCUGCGAGGAUUUCUCAGCCAUGACGGAAGGGCCUUCCUGUAUUUUGGUGUACCGUACGCCACCGUUGACGACACCAAUCGGUUUCAGGCACCGCUACCGCCGGCACGAUGGGAUGGAAUAUACGAUGCAGUGAACGAAAAUGUGCGAUGUCCACAACGCAUGAUUGGUUCCGUUGUAGUUGGAGAUCCUGACUGCUUGAAACUUAACAUUUAUACGCCAGCAAAACGACAUCCUGAUACCUUACUACCAGUAAUGGUUUACGUCCACGGAGGCUGCUUUUUUGAAGGCACUGGCGCAGGCUUUCUUUAUGGAGGCGACGAUUUUGUAGAGCACGACGUUGUACUAGUCGGUUUAAACUAUAGACUCAACGUCGAAGGCUUCCUAUGUCUAGGCAUAAAGGAAGCACCUGGCAACGCGGGGUUGAAAGAUCAAAUAGCAGCAUUGAAGUGGAUCAAAGAGAAUAUCGAAGUUUUUGGAGGAGAUCCAAACAAUGUUACGUUAUUUGGUGAAAGCGCCGGCGCAGUAUCAACUUCGUAUUUGAUAUUAUCACCUUCUGCGAGAGGACUUUUCCACAAAGCUAUAUUACAAAGCGGAUCUUCGUUAGCUCCAUGGGGCAUACAACACGACCCCAUAAAGACGGCAAGUGCUCUAGUCAAAGAAUUCGGUUACAACACCAAAGAUCCUAACGAAAUUUACAGUAUUAUCUCGAACAAAACUACGAGUGAAUUAAUAAACGCUAUUCAAUAUUCUGACCACAAAAAUUAUAUUACAGCAGAUACUUUAUUCGUACCGUGUGUCGAAAAAGACAUACCGGGUGUAGAGCCCAUCGUCACUAAAUAUCCAGCCGAGAUAAUAUUGUCUGGGAACUACACUAAAGUACCGAUGAUUAUAGGGUUUAACGACAACGAAGGAAUAUAUUUUGUGGCCAAGGAUUACGGUACGAGCAUAAAGAAAUUCGACCCAUUCGAGACCUUGCAACCAGAUUUGGUGUUUCCUUCAGAGAGGGAUAGGAACCGAACCGUGGAGCAUUUAAAGAGACAGUACUUUGCGACGAGAAAAGAAGACAUGAUCACGGAUAUGGUAGAGUUGUAUUCGGAUCUGCAUUUCAAGAUUCCGUCUGUGUUAGAGGCGGAGUUGUACGCACGGACGACGGACCAACCGAUCUGGUAUUACCUCUUCAAGUAUAGUGGGUACAUAAACAUACCGAAGAUCAUCUCAUGGUUCGGAUGGGCUGACGGCGCAUCUCACGCCGAUGAACUGUUCUAUAUGUUCAAACCUCAUUCAUUCCCUUUGCCGCAUCGUUAUCUCGAACGUCGCAUGAUCAAUCGCAUGCUUACGCUUUGGACAAAUUUUGCCAAAUAUGGUGACCCAACACCAAAGACAUCACGGCUAGUGCCGGUGCGGUGGCAGCCGAGCCGCGCUGCCAGCCCGCACGCCCUGGUCAUCGACCGCCAGCUUAGCGUCACUAGAGUCUGGCAUCCCCCUUCCAUACAUCUCUGGAACGAUACUUAUGCCCGGUACCGCCGUCGAACAUACGGAUUUAACAAUUUCAAACAUACCAGGACGGGGUGACGAAUCUUGCGACCUAAGCGACAGCUUUUUCUAUGAACGGUUAUUUGUAUUUUGAUUGAUUGCCAAAGACCCUGUCUAGUAUUUACAAUACAAUUAAAGUAAUAUUAUUUAUCUCUAAAGUCCAGGGUUCCUUCGUUAUUGUGAGUACGCGAGCAUUACUACUGUCUGGACUGGGUUAACUGACGGUAGGCGGUUUUUAAAGGCAACAUAUUUAUCUUGAACUGUCGAUUCCCGACACAAAACAGUGUACACCAAAAAGUCAAUAAAAAUCACCAUCCGUACAAAAAAGAAUUUCGUAGAGACCAA